AUGGCUUAUGUCAGCACGAGAGCAGCAGAGACCAGAGGCUGGAGUGGGAAGAUCAACUGGUGCGGAUACCUCGGUCUUGCUCUCACUCCGGUGGAUAUAAAACGUGAUUCCAAUAAAGAAGUGUCGUUCUCUAUCGGUGAGUCGAUUAGAGAUGAGGAUAUCUACAUCAUAAUGCAAAUAGGGUCUGGCAUCGUCAACGACAAGGUCUUGGAGCUGUUGAUCAUGAUCAACGCAUGUAAGACGGCGUCUGCUAGAAGAAUCACCGCUGUGUUGCCAAACUUCCCUUACGCCAGACAAGACAGAAAGGACAAGAGCCGUGCGCCUAUUACGGCCAAACUGAUGGCCGAUAUGCUCACCAGUUCCGGGUGCGACCACGUGAUCACGAUGGACCUGCACGCCUCGCAGAUUCAAGGGUUCUUUGAUGUGCCCGUGGAUAACUUGUAUGCUGAGCCAUCUGUGGUUCGUUAUAUUCGUGAAAAGCUGGACGUGAAGAACGCCAUUAUUAUUUCUCCCGACGCCGGUGGAGCCAAGCGUGCUGCUGGACUGGCCGACCGUUUGGACCUCAACUUUGCGCUGAUCCAUAAAGAGCGUGCGAGAGCCAACGAGGUGAGCCGUAUGGUUCUCGUUGGAGACGUUACUGGAAAAACAUGUAUCAUUGUCGACGAUAUGGCAGACACCUGUGGUACUCUGGCCAAGGCCGCCGAGGUGCUGCUCGAGAACGGCGCCAAAGAGGUCAUUGCCAUUGUCACGCACGGAAUUUUGAGUGGAAAGGCCAUCGAGAACAUCAAUAAGUCCAAGCUGGAAAGAGUCGUCUGCACUAAUACCGUUCCGUUCGAGGAAAAGUCCAAACUGUGUCCGAAACUCGACACCAUCGAUGUUUCGGGCGUGCUGGCCGAGGCCAUCAGACGGUUGCACAAUGGUGAAACACGCUUUCCAGAGAGAAGGCCAGGAACCGCGUCUUCAAAGAUCAACACCUCCUCGAUCUUGAUGUCUUCUUGGAUACGGCCUUCUCUGCGCAGUUUCUCGUUCAGAUCAGACAGUCCUAGCCACCAGAUGAACGGCAACGGCUUACCUUUACCAACAAUCACUGGAUUAUCACCGGUGAUAACCAGCUCAAACAGCUCGAAACCUUCCUGUAAAUGGCUAGUCUUCAAGUCGAACUUGUCCUUGUGCGAAGAAGUGCAGACAAUGAUCGGGAUACCCUUGGCUUUGAGCUUCUUGAUCAGAUCUAGAACUCCCGGUAGGAACUGGACAGUUGGCCACAACUGUUCCUGUUUGGCAGAGGUGAUCGCGUAG